AUGGACCACGGCAGCACGAUGGUGGUGGUUACUGCCGAUGCUCUGUGCAAUAUGAACGAUGAACAGCUCCGCAAUUUCAUGGCACGCCACUACAUCCCGGGUGGAAACUACGAGCUGCCCGUGGACGAUUGGGAAACGCUCACCGUUGCUGACCGGCUUCGUCUCGGUGAGAGGCUGAAGACCCAGGAAAAAGCGCUCGCGCGAAGCCCGACGACGUUUUCCCGCUCCCUUGAUUUGGACUUGCUUGAUGCCCGCCUGCAUCAAGCCUUCGCUGGCGGCGUGCCGCCGUGCGAUGUACGAUUCGCCCACGAUUCCGAAUGUCUAAGCCCCGUCCUUGAUUCCGAGGCCGAGAAAACAAGAUACGAAAGAGAAUCACAUCAAAGUCUGGUCAGGGCUGGCGGAAGGCCGCUAUAUGCAAUAGACCUGAUUGAAGUUGUUCUUAAUGACCUAAGCGCGUUUGUCGACAUGCUGCGGCCCUGGUUGAACACCUCUACUGGAAAUCGCCCCGAGACUAAUGACAACCGAGGUCGACAAGACGACGACGGUGGCUUUCUUGCAUAUAUCGAGAAAGAGAAACAUUUCGCAAAGACCGAAUACACUAAGGAGGCGGGUCUGAGGAGGAUAGCCGAGAUUGAGAAGAACCCAGCGUGCCUCCAAGACGAAUGGGAACUGCACCAGUCGCUGCGCAGACGACAGCGAUACUUGUGUAGGGAGCACGGCUGCAAAGGUUUUGAGGACUAUGUUGUUGCUGCGAAGCGUCGUCUGUCAUCACAUGGUUUCUCGCAGCGGUUUGAUUUGGAUGUUGAUUCUGGGAGGCAAGACAAGCUGACAACGUGGAUCGAGUACCUCAACUACGAAUACUGGUGGCUCGACCAAUAUCGGAAUACUAUCGAACUCCUCCAGGCAGCCUACGACAAAGCUUGGCAAGAAUUUGUGACCUUGGACAUACUUAGGCCGCACGAGACGGAGGAGUUCUUGCGGACGUUGGAGUCGCCGAUGGAACGUGGAUCGGAGGAGGAACAGACUCAAAAGAACAUGGAGAAGGCCAAGGCACGGGCCCGGGAUGUCUUUACCCUAACCCAAGAACAUCCGGACCGAAUAAAGAUUCCCAAACAGAGACGAGUAGCGAUGUUGCAAAACAGCACGAAAGGCAUCUUGGACGCAGAGAAACGAGUGCGUGACGUUCGGGCUAGGAACGAUCACAUUACAAGAUUCAUUCACGCCACAUCGGAGUAUGUCGAUGCGCGUAAGAAUGACGCCCGACAAACCGAACUCGUCCGAUGGGUAGAGGACCAAGUGCCAUUAGUCACUUCCGAGAUGAUGGCACAAGCGGAACGCCCCGCCAACGGGCGUAGUGGGAGAAGCGCGAAGCGGGGUCCUCAGACCGACGAGUCGCCUUUGGAGAGUGAAGUUCGGCGGAAACGACGAAGGCUGAACAAGAAAACGGCGCCGGCUCGUCCAACUUGUGGAUCGAUUUCUAGUGACAGGCUCACAUCCACGGUCUUAGAUCCGAGGCGAGUAGAGACAAGAGGCGAAAUAUUGGGCUCUCGAUGGGAGCAGGCAACGAUAGAUCCGUCGCGUCGGGACAAGACUUCUCCAGCGGUUCUUCGCGACGUCAGGCGCAGCAUACGCAUCUCACGUCGAAUAUCUGCUGACCGUACGGCGCGGGGGCUCGCUGGACGAACGUAA